UAACCAUCACUCAUUUCUCUGCCUUUGACCCUUCGAAAAUCCUUCUCCCCUAAAUAUUCCUUGUCUUAAAACAUCAGUGCGGAUAGCAACAGCUUUGACGCCACCUUGUCCUGCUGAAUACUUCCAGGCUUCCUAAUGUACCAACUUGAUCUGAUACACCACCCUCAACCAGACUACCAAAAGCAAUUUGAAACCCAAAAAACAAAAUGAAAUUUACUGGAGGCUUGUUCUAUUUCUUUUCGCUCUCGGUUAUCUUAUUGUCUACCGCUUUAGUUGCAGCUCAGAGUUUCAAACCAGAUGAAGAAGAAAUCCAGAAAUCUCAGUUCCCAGAUGGCUUCUUGUUUGGAGCAAGCACUUCAUCUUAUCAGAUUGAAGGUGCUUAUCAUGAAGAUGGAAAGAGCCUAAGCAACUGGGAUGUUUAUGCUCACAUUCCAGGCACUUCAGGAAAAAUAGAGGAUAAUGAGACUGGAGAUGUUGCAGAUGACCAUUACCAUCGCUACUUGGAGGACAUUGAGUGGAUACAUUCUCUGGGGAUGAAUGCAUAUCGGUUCUCCAUUUCAUGGGCUAGAAUUCUACCUGACGGCAAACUCGGCAAAGUCAAUCAAAGAGGGAUCAUAUUUUAUAAUAAACUUAUUGAUCAUCUUGUGAGCAAAGGAAUAGAGCCAUUUGUGACACUUCACCACAAUGACAUGCCCUAUAUACUAGAUGCAAGAGAUAGGGGUUGGCUUAGUCCACUCUUACGGGAAGAAUUUGCACAUUUUGCCUCCAUAUGCUUCAAGAGCUUUGGGGACAGGGUGAAGCACUGGAUUACCUUCAAUGAAGCCAAUAUGCUGGUUGAUUUUACUUACAUACAAGGAGUAUACCCACCUGCUCGUUGCACGCCCCCUUUUGGGAAUUGUUCAAGUGGCAAUUCUGAUGUAGAGCCUCUCAUUGCAAUGCACAACAUUUUAAUAGCUCAUGCCAUGGCGGUUGACAUAUAUCGGAGGCUUUUUCAGCCAAAACAACAUGGGUUUGUCGGAAUUAUUGCACAUUGUCACUGGUAUGAACCUCUUCGAGACGAUGAAAGGGACCUGCAUGCUGUUGAUAGAGUCUUAGCUUUCAAUGCGGCCUGGGUGUUGGAUCCUUUAGUGUAUGGAGAAUACCCCGCUGAAAUGCGCCAAUGCCCUCGCUUGGAAAUGCCAAGGUUCUCCCCCAAAGAAAAAGAGCUGUUAAGAGGCAGCAUAGAUUUCAUCGGACUCAACCACUAUACAACACUAUAUGCCAAGGACUGUUUCCACUCCCCUUGCCCCUCAGGCGGAGACCAUGCCAUUAGAGGUUACGUCAACACAACUGGGUAUCGGGAUGGCACUGCGAUUGGAGAACUGACUGGAGUUGCUAGGUUUUUUGUUGUUCCAAGAGGCAUGGAGAAGAUUAUAGACUAUCUUAAGCAAAGAUACAAUAACCUGCCCAUGUUUGUUACUGAAAAUGGAUACUCCUCACCGACACCACAGAAUGAGCUACAAGACUGGAAUCGGAUCAAGUUUCACAAAGGCUACCUAGCUUUUUUAGCCAAAGCAAUAAGGAAUGGUGCUGAUGUACGUGGCUAUUUCAUUUGGAGCUUGAUGGAUAAUUUUGAAUGGCUUAGUGGGUAUGAAACAAAAUUUGGUAUAGUUUAUGUUGAUCGUAAUAAAACGCUGGGGCGAACUCCAAAGCCUUCUGCAAGGUGGUUUAGUAGUUUCAUCAGAAACAAUAGUCACAAUGAGGAAGAAAUUAGUGCAGCUUCUUCAGGUCACUCCAACAAAAAUACACUAUUUAGCCAAUUGCAACCGAAGGUUGCUGAAAUGUAGUUAAUACCAAAAUGUGCAUACUUUACCUCAAUUUGCUGCUCACGCUUUGCAUGUUUCUCUGUUCUAUUCGGAGGCAUGCAUAUUGAUUAUUUCUUUAAAUAAAUGUUAUAAUAAAGGGUUGUAUUCAAUUAAGAAUUUAUAUGAUUUCGAAAGAGAUAUAAAUUUAAUGGAGUUCCAUA